GUUCGUGCUCAAUACAAUAAUUGGAUGGCCGAGGAAUGUAAAAAAUUAACACCUACUGGACGAAUUCAAAAGCCUGCAUAUAACGUUAUUGCUCAAUGGAUUAAAAAAGCCUGGGAUGAUAUUGAUCCAGCACUUAUUCAACGUUCAUUCAAGUGUUGUGGAAUCUCCAAUGCUCGUGAUGGCUCUGAAGAUAAACUAAUUUUUGAUUUUGACUCCUUUGAAAAGAAAAAGUCUACUUCUCGUGUUUUUAUUGAUGGGGAAAAUAAUGGUGAAGAGUUUAAUGAAUCUGUCAAAAAUCAUAAUAGUUGCGGUGAAGGGUCUAAUCAAGGGUCUAAUCAAAAUCAUAAUAAUUGCGGCGAAGGGUCUCAAUUUGUUAGUGAAGGGUCAGUUGAUAAAUUUAAUGACAUGAUUUUAGAUCUUGGCGAUGAAAAUUAUGAUGAAUACUAUAAUAAUGAAGUAGAAAAUUAUGUCAACACUUGGUUUUAA